GGUUUUGGGUGGAUGUGACCGGGGCAUCUCAAUUCUGUUUUGGGCUUGAUUUGAAUUUGGGGUUUCAAGAUUUGCAUUCUAUUUCUGGCUGCGUUUUGGCUGGGAUUUAAGUAGAGCUGGCCUAUUGGUUUAUGCUUGAAUAGAAUGGAUCUGACGUGGCUGAGUGCCAUUCUAGUUGGAGCAGGCUGCCUUGCUUUGGGAUAUCUGAUUGGUACACGUCAUCCUGCCCGCUUCUUAGUCUCAGCCACGUUAGCUAAAGACACUGCAGUUGUUGGUGAUGCAAACAAGAAGAAUCAGUUCCAAAAACUAGAUGAGAUUGAAAAGCUAGCAGACAUUCUUGAAGAUUUCAAAAUGGUCUUGGUUGUGAGGAAUGACUUAAAGAUGGGUAAAGGAAAGAUUGCUGCUCAAUGCAGUCAUGCAACUUUGGGUCUCUACAAAAAGCUCCUUCGUCGGGCACCAAAAGCUUUAAACAGGUGGGAGAAUUGUGGGCAGGUUAAGGUGGUUUUGAAGACUGAAAGUGAGGAGGAUAUGCUAGUUUUACAAGGGAGGGCAAAAUCACUCCAGUUGCCGAACCAUAUUACCAUUGAUGCAGGAAGAACACAGAUUGCACCAAAUUCAAGGACUGUGAUGGCGAUUCUUGGACCUGCUGACAUGGUCGAUGAUGUAACAGGCGGACUGAAGCUUUGUUAAUAGCUGGCGGCUGCAUCUGAGAUUUAUAGCUUGUGAUGUUUGGUGCUGUAAUACGACCCGCAUGAUCAGUGCAGUUGAUUCUAAUACAGGGUCUAAACCCGAUUUUCCCAUUAGACCCUAUCAUAAGCUUUGCUUAAGUGUAUGUUUACUUGGUUAUUAAAGACAUUUUGUGAUGAUAAUUUUGUUUAGUAGCCCCAUUUGGGACCACGGAGUUGAUCUAAGUAAAACACGAGGGCAAUGAAGCAUUUCAAUUUGCAUGGGAUAUGUAUGUAUAUACAUACGUCUAGAUUAUAUUGGUUUGAAAUUACAUCAAA